ACAUUCCCCUCCAACACCGAAUUCCCCAGAGCCUGACGCCUUAUGAGCAACCGCAAGAAGAGGAGAAACUGCUAUUUGUUCCAUAACGCGUGAUUGAGCAGCCAUGUCGAACCAUUCCAUUAUUCGCAUCACAAGGGAGUUGGCAGAACUGCAAAAGUCUACGGAUCUCUCUCUUGCCGUUGCCUGCCGUGAUGUCGAUGUUCGGAAUGUCAAAGCAAUUAUCAUCGGGCCUCCCGACACACCCUACGAAUUCGGAUUCUUCGAGUUUGCGGUCAAGUUCGGCAGAGACUAUCCGGGAAAGGCCCCGACUGUCCUUGCUACAACUACAAACGGAGGUAGAUGUCGCUUCAACCCAAACAUCUAUUCGCAAGGGAAAGUGUGCUUGUCGAUUCUAGGCACAUGGCGAGGUGAACGCGGGGAGGAGUGGUCGUCAGCGCAAGGCCUGGAGUCGAUUCUGAUCUCAAUACAAAGUCUGAUGUCUUCGAACCCCUACGAGAACGAACCAGGCUUCGAGUCUGCCAAUGAUGAAGCCGAUAAAAAGAACCAGAAGGACUAUGUCGCCAAGAUACGCCACGAAACCCUCAGAAUUACUGUAAUCCAGCGCCUUGAGGAGUAUCUCGGCAUAUCUCCAUCCGGCGCGGUGUUACCUACCGCACCAGCAGUCGGGGAGGAUAGCGACAAUGACCUUGACUCUCUCGAUAGGGAGUUGCUUGAUGAAUCCUCGGUGGUCUUCGAUCCCUUCAAAGAUCUUUGCAAACGCAGGUUCCUUUGGUACUACGACUCAUAUCUACUGGCAAUCAGCAAAGCCAAAACUGAAGUAUUCGACGGAAAGGCCUUCCCACGUAUGCCAUUCGAGUCUACUGGAAAUUGCAUGGAUGGAAGAUUCAAUUACAGGGAGCUUGAGAGACGGCUAAAACUUAUACGAACCACUCUGGACGCCGAGACGGAGCGCUGGGCCCAGGAAGGGUUGUCUUCUAAAAGCAAAGAAAGCUCCGUUGCUGCAAAUCUACAACGACAGUAUGAGCAGGUGGUCGAAUCAUACAAACGCGAUAAAUCGGUCACACUGGACAUUGAGCUUGUCGACAAGAACCCUUUUGUUUGGGCUAUUACCUACUUUGGAAGACCCAUGACGAAUCUCGAUGGAGGGCUUUUUAGAAUCAAGCUCUCAUUCAGUCCAAGAUUCCCUGAAGAGCAGCCGAGAGCAAAAUUCGAGACGCCACUCUUCCACCACCGUAUUGCUGCGGAUGGUACUCCGUGCUAUACUUCCGCGCGACCGGAGGACGCCAAGUCACACAUCGAAGCAAUCAUUGAGGCUUUGGAGGAAGAGUCACCACCUUAUGAUCCGAGAACUAUAGUCAAUCCCGAAGCCGCCAAAUUGUUCUGGGGCUCUCCUGAGGACAAAAAAUUGUACAACCGCAAACUUCGAAGAGCAGUUCAGAUGAGUACGGAGGGAUAAUGGCAGGGCAAAAAUAUUGAAAGAGAAGUACUAGAGACGGCCGGGCCCCUCGGUCGUAUACAUGGAAAAUAGCACAGCAUGUGACCACCUCAUGAAUUGAUGUUAGCGUUCAUUUCCUGAAUGUUAUGCUUUAGCAUGGAUUGCAUUUGCGGAUAGGCUGGCGUAGCAAGGAUAUUUUCUAAUCAAGGAUGAGCAGGGCUCGACGGGAGUUCAGUGGACGGGAGAGAUGGACAAUGGCCAGUGGGAUAGGAUUGGCAAUGGCCAGGUCGGCGUUAGAGCUUCACGCAUAUAGCAAGGUUCGAUUUGAUUAUUCCUAGACGUUUAUAUGAGUGUGCCUCGCCCUUUUGACAAUCC